AUGAACGCGUCUAAUGCUGCCUUUGAGGCAUUGGGAGAGCAUCCUGAGUCUUCGCAUCGUUCCACAAUCUCCCGUCAUCAGACUGCAGACCGCUGGGAGAGUUCCUCAGAAAGUUCCUCAAGCACUGCCCCGGACGAGAAGGCAGCUUGGUUGCUGAACCAAAUUUACGCUAUAGCCUCAUCUGAUGAGCGACAUGACUGGGACUCGGUUGAUCCCCUGCUCAAAGAGAUCGGCGAGCUUUUCCCACUCCUGCAAGCGUUUGUUACCCAGUUGAUCGACGAAGACAGUGAAUCCUCUUACUGGACCGCAUUUCCCCUGGCCUUGGAGGAGUAUGGCAUUCUUGAACGGUCGGAUUUUCAUGAUAGCCUGAAGUACGACUACUACUUCACGGCCCGGACCUUGGUUUCCAGAAUGUCCGCGUCGUCAUCACAUUGCCAUGUGCAGCACAAUCUGGCCUACAAGAUCAAACAGCAGCUUGAAGAAAUAGCGUCCCGCGAUGACAAUGCGAAGGAAUUCCUGCGGGGUCUCUCUGUUGCCCAAGAUCGCAAGAUGCAUUACUCCACCCAUACAAUGCGAUCACCGGAUUUCCGCUUUAUGCAUUGGGACCAAAAAUACCCAACUGUGAUAGGGGAGAUUGCUUCGUCUCAGACCACAAAGGACCUGACAAGGCUCGCCGAUGAAUACUUGUUUCAUAUGCGGGGCUAUCUAAACGUGGUUUUCGGAAUCAACUUCGGAUUUCGGUACGAUGAGAAUUCAAACAUCAAGACAUCAGCCACGUUGUGGAUUUGGAGACACGAACUCAGAGGAGGGGAGCACAUCGUUCCACAUUUCGAGGAAAUCACGAUCUUUGACGAGUCUGGCGACAGGAUUGUCGACAAACAGUCCGGCUUGCGCCUGUCUCUCACGGACUUUGUGUGCCAUCGUCCUUCUUACAAAAAGAUUGGGUGGACCAACCAUCUCAGCGACAUCGUGAGGAGUUAUCCUCUUGAGGUCGAGGGUUUGGAGCCGUAUGAGGUCUUCAUCUCUUUGGAAGACCUGCAAGACGUUCUUGAAGGAGCAGCAGAACUCUAUCAAGCUGAGGUCGAUAAAAGCCAAGCUGAGGACGAUGAAGGUCACGCCGCGGUCGAUGAAAGUUAA